AUGACAUCGGCUGCAGGCGCAACUGGCAAUGGUCAGGGCAAUGGUGGUUCUGAGCUUACAGCUUCCACAGUCUUCACGACGCGCACAGCUACAAUUAUGGCAUGCCCUUCUUCGGUGACCAAUUGCCCGGCUCGGUCCCGGACCACUUAUUUGACUACUGAGACGAUCGUGGCUUAUACCACCAUCUGUCCCGCGGCCGAAGCGACUGGUGCUCACGUAGUCACAACCACCCAUCAUGUCCCCUCCGCUGCUGCUACUGGCGUCGUGGGCAAUGUUGCGAUUGGUGGCUCAGAGGUUACAACUUCCACCAUUUUAACCACGCGCACGACUACAAUCACCGCCUGCCCUUCAUCUGUGACAAACUGUCCCGCCAGAUUGAAGACUGUCCAGCCGGCUACCGAGACCCUGGUUAUCGGGACGACUGUCUACUCUAUCGCUAAGCAGCCUGCCGUCUCAUCCGGCGGAAAGAUUCCAGAUUUGAUCACUUCGACCAUCCUGAGCACCAGGGUUGCUACCGUUACAGCCUGCGCGGCAGACGACUCCAACUGCUACACAUCCCAAGGCUCCUACCUGACCACUGAGACCUUGGUGAUCGCAACCACCGUCCUCCCCGUCACCUCGAUCCAGACCUCCAUCCCAACCAAGGAUAUCGACGCUGUCACCGCCGCCCCUAUGGCCACCGCUGUACCCCAGGGUGCUGCAGUUGGAAUUGGAUCGAGCCCUUCCAAUGAAGGCGUAGACACCACUUACACGACAACCAUCACCGUCGACUCGUGCUCGAGCGACGGCACCUGCACCGCAUACGUCAGCACUAUCACUAUGACCAAGACUGAGGUUGCCCAGUCGACCAUCACUGCCACCGAUUACAACGCCGGAAAUAAUUUCGGCUUUGGGGCGAGCCAUGCUCCUUCUAUCAUAUCGGUGCCCGUGAUCCCCCAGAGUAGUCAGCAUAGUAGACUGAGCACGUCCAUCGUGCCUUCAGAGAGCGGUAGUGGAGUGGAUGCCUUGUACACCAAUGCUGCAUCUGUUGUGCCUUCAAGGAGCAGUAGUGCGGUUGGUGCCUUGUACACUGGUGCUGCGUCUGUGGGUGCUCAGUGGUCGAUGUUGCGGAUCGUCGGGACCUUCACGGUUCUUCUGGUGGCCAUGUUUGUUUAA